AAAAUUGGUUUUAUGGAUUUGAUAGUUUUGAUUCAUUGUCUCCCACUUGGGUUUGGACGAAUUCUUGAGAUUCUUGAGCUGGGGUUGCAUGUAGUGUUUCUAUAGCGUUUUCGGAAUCUCUUUCUCUCUUGCCAUAGGUAGAGAUUGAAGAGAUCUUUCAGUCUUUCCAUUUCGAUAUAAAAUUUAGUUUGUUGGUUUUUGUUGUUUCUUGGAAUUUUUAUUUACUGGGGUUGUUGAAUCUUGUUUUUAUUUUAUUGAAUAUUUUGAUUGGAGUGUGAGUGGAAUUUGUUAUUUUGAUUGAUAAAAUUAGGGUUUUGAUGGAGGGGAGAUACAGUGGGGAUUGAUAUGAUGAUGAAGGUGUUUAUAAGGUUACUUUGUUGAAUUCGUUUUUCGGAAAAAAAUGGCAAUAUUCAAUCCACCAGCAACAGUAGUGAUCAUCAUCCAGGAGUUGGAGUUUUUGUUGAGCUGAAAUGGUUGAUUCUCUGCUCACUGCCCUGUCAAUGGAGAAUAAUCAUCACCCUUCAACGCUCUUGUCAAUGGAUUCCAGUGCCUCCUCUCACGACGAAUUGGAUUUGGAAAUGAAUCGGCAGAUCAUACUUUCCCGUCCACCCGACAUCAACUUGCCCCUGUCGGCCGAGCGCAGCCCGCCUCCCCCAUCAUGGAAUUCGGAACCCUGUGAUAUUCUGGAUGUGGGGCUUGGUCCGCAGGUUUACGAGACGGAGAGCUUGCUUGCGAUCCCCAAGGUUGGGAGGAAAUGUGCCAAGCGGAUAGACAGCAUAUGGGGUGCCUGGUUUUUCUUCAGUUUCUACUUCAAGCCUGCAUUGAAUGAGAAGUCGAAGGCGAAGAUUGUCCGGGACAGUAAUGGCGUAUCAGGGUUUGAGAAAAGUGAUCUCAAGCUUGAUGUUUUUAUGGUUCAGCACGACAUGGAGAAUAUGUACAUGUGGGUUUUCAAGGAGAGGCCGGAGAAUGCGUUGGGGAAGAUGCAGCUGAGGAGUUACAUGAAUGGGCAUUCCCGCCAAGGGGAGCGACCAUUUCCAUUUAGUGUUGACAAGGGUUUUGUUCGAUCCCACAGGAUGCAGCGGAAGCAUUAUAGGGGCCUUUCAAAUCCGCAGUGUGUGCAUGGGAUUGAGCUUGUCCGGGCACCUAAUCUCAUGGUUCUUGAUGAUGAUGAGCGCAAGAGGUGGAUGGAGCUUACUGGAAGGGACAUGAACUUCACGAUCCCUAUUGAAGCAGGUGAUUUUAGCUCCUGGAGAAACCUUCCAAAUACAGAUUUUGAGCUGGAGAGGCCACCACCUCCGAUAAAGACUGUGAUAAACAAUCACUCAAAGAAAUUGCUGAAUGGAUCUGGAUUAAACUUGUCUACACAGCCAUCUAACAACAACCAUUGCGAGGCAAAUGGAAAUGGUAAUGGAAAUGGUAAUGGUAAUGGAAUGGACCUAUCUCCUGUCAGUAGCAAGAGGAGGAAGGAGUUUUUCCCAACUGGGAAUGAUGAUGACUGCUACUUGGGUGUUAAUCCUCCUGAUCGGGUCCCGGAUAUGGAAGUCAACCCAAUUGAGUCGCAGUGGCUACAUCAGUUCAGUGGUGUAAUGAAGAACGUUUAUGGGCCUGUUACAGCUGCAAAGACAAUCUAUGAGGAUGAUGUAGGUUAUUUGAUCAUUAUCAGCCUACCAUUUGUGGAUCUUCAGAGGGUAAAAGUUUCUUGGAGGAACACUCUCACUCAUGGUAUCAUCAAGGUCUCUUGUAUAAGCACAUCUCGCAUGCCAUUCAUCAAGAGACAUGAUCGUACUUUCAGGCUUACAGAUCCUGCCUCUGAGCACUGUCCUCCUGGAGAGUUUGUUAGAGAAAUCCCUCUCUCCACCCGCAUUCCUGAAGAUGCUAACAUAGAAGCUUAUUAUGACGGGCCAGGAUCAGUGCUUGAGAUUAUGGUUCCAAAACUCCGCGUUGGCCCAGAAGAACAUGAAGUUCGUGUAUGCCUUCGCCCUCACCUUGGGGGCAACGAUCUUAUGUUGACUUGAGAUAGGCAAUGAUAGAGAUUAUAAGGUUUCUUGCUAUGGUGGUGCUUCACUGUCCUACUAACUGUGUACCAUAUAGUAUAAGUGUAUUUUAGUUUUUCAUGAAGGGAAAAGAAUGCUGCCUCUCAUAUUUGUCAUUGCAGUUUUUGCUCCCUUUUCUAUGCAUCUGUAGUUGACAGUCUGUUCUUGGCUUAUAUAAAUUAUUGUUCAGAUUUGUUUCUUGAAUACCUUGAAUGUGAGGACUUUUGCUAGCUU